CAUCACUAUUUAAAUCAUCCAUUUGUGAGUCGAUAUGUAAGAAUCCAUCCAACUUCAUGGCACGGGAGAGUCAGUUUAAGAUUGGGUGUAAUUGGAUGUCGUCAUACAGGUGAUUGUGGUCCAGGAUUUUUCAGAAUACAUGACUGUACAGAAUGUGUGGAGAAUUUAGCUUAUCAAAAAGAAACCUGGGUAAACGAUAAAAGACAUGCCUGGGUUGGAUGGAAAUAUGGACAUUCUUCUUUUGCUGUGGAUGGAGAAGCAGACAAUCAACUUCAAAAAUGUGCUAUUCUCGAUAACUAUUAUGUGGAAUACCCGAUUUGGAUGGUUGACCUCGGACAAAAGAGAACUAUACGCGGUGUCGUGAUUGUCACUUGGCAGGGUAAAGGUCAGGAUCGAGCUACUCCUUACAGAGAUUAUGUUUAUAAAUUAGAUAAAUUAACAGUUUAUGUGGAAGAUAAGCCCAGAUUGGAAUCCAUUAUAACUGGCAAUAAAUGUGGAUCUGUAUCGAGAAUGAACGGAGCAGUUUUUCGUAAAAGGAUCCUCAUCGACUGCCCAGCUAAUAUGAAUGGCAGGUACAUAUACGUUAAAGCCACAGGAGUACCUAACAGUCAUCUAAAUACCUCAUAUCGACGGGGCUUAUGGUGCCAUCAUUAUAAUUCAUCUUUAACAUUUAACAAAUUCUAAGUGUUUUAACUUAUUAAAAUAUUCAUUUCAUCCAAAUUUGUUUUGGAAUAUAUACAAUAUAUAUAUUUUUCCCAACUUGACAAUGACUGCAGUCAUCGACAGUGCAAAGCAAUAACGGUUUUUUCUUUUUUGUGAAAAAUUCAUUCGAAGUCUUCCUUUUGUCACUGUUGAUGUUCGUUCGUUGUAAAGUUUGUUUUAAACUUUAAAAAAAGAGAGAGAAAAAGUAGAUUUUUGUCUAAUCAAUAAUGAAUUAAUUACAUUAUGCAAAUUCAGAAACUCUGUAAUAGUAAUUCAAUUAAUAAAAUAGAAUUAUAAUCA